CGACAACCGCGGCAGCGGCCGGGAAUGUGAAGACCGUUGGCGCGGGCCCGUGCCCGUUGCCCGAAAAAGCUGCGACUCUCGGAAAUUUGACGGCUAUUCUUGCCGCCCGACUCAACGGAUCUGAAACGGUUGGAUCGACAGGCGACAGCGGCGCCAGCGGUCGAAUCUGCCUCGCCAUCUUCCA